CAAUCAUUUCCACCGCUGUUAAGCUCCACCAUGGCCGAUACGGAGUUCGAGGAGCUCCGUCAAAAUCUGGACGCGUUGCCAACGUUCCGUAAGGCUCCAGCCCCAUUCUACUCCUUGGUGGCGGAUGUAGAUUUGGACGAUUCGCCCUCCUCCAAAAGUGAUGCAUCGUCUGACCAUGAGGAAGAUGGCCCACUAUCGACGAGCGACGGUACGGUGGAAUCAGUACUCAAAGGUACGCCCAGCAAGACGCAGCAAAUUAUCCAGACGAUAAGCACGAUUAGUAGCAGCAGCAGUACCGGUGAGGAUGAUGAAAUUGGUGACGGAUUGCGGACCGUAACGCUUGCACCGCGAAAAUCUUCACUCGGGACUGAUGUGGAAGACGAGCUGGUCGUGGUGUCGGGUGGUUCGGGUCCGGAAAGUUUACUACAGCUGCAUCUAACGCCACACGGUCAUACGGUGACGUCCGGGGAUUGUAAGGGCACGGCUGCUGGAGUGAAUGUGGGUGCAUCGCUUCUCCAUCAACCGAACCUAGGGCAUGGUUCGGUUGGAUGUGCCGGAGUAGCUGGAGAUGGUACAUCGUCAAACAGUAGUUCGUCGCAGCUGGCACGGACGAGCUCUCUACCCUGGAUCCCGGGACAGGUGGAGCGAAGAAGGCGUAAGCUGCCGGAGAUCCCGAAGAAUCGUAAAUCCUCCGUGCUACAGCUGCUAGCCGGGCAGACCUCGCUAGCGGACGAGCUGAGUGCCAGCAACCGUAAGCCCCACUAUCCAUCGGGAGCAUCCGGACAUCCUGGCAGCAACUUCUUCAAGCAAAGCUCACUGCUGGCCCUCAAAUGCAGCUACCUGUUGGAUGAAGAUUCGAGCCCCGACUCGGAACGAUUGCAGAGUCUGGGCGACGUCGAUAGCGGUCACAGUACGGCACACUCACCGAACGACUACAAAAGCAUGUCCCCACCACCACCGCAAGCAGCAUCGCCCGUCACGUCACCAUUCCCACCUCCGUACGGUGGUGUCCCGUACAGUCAGCUAGAGAUGCUCGAGGCCACCCAUCGAGCGCUGCACAAGUUCAUACCACGGCAUCACGACGAAAUCGAGAUCGAAAUCGGCGACCCAAUCUACGUGCAGAAGGAGGCGGAAGAUCUUUGGUGCGAGGGCGUGAAUCUGCGCACCGGACGGCAAGGUAUCUUUCCGUCGGCGUACGCCGUCGAUCUGGACUAUAACGAUUUCGAUCCGACGUCGAUCGAGAUGAAGCGCGAACGAUAUCUGCUCGGGUACCUUGGCUCGGUGGAAACGAUGGCCCACAAGGGUACGGGUGUGGUGUGUCAGGCCGUGCGGAAAAUUGUCGGCAAUGGGACGGAAUCACCGAAGGCGCAACCGUGCAUACUGGAGAUCUCGGACCAGGGACUGCGUAUGGUUGACCGAUCGAGGAAUAAAAAAUCGAAAGGCCCGUGCAUAGACUACUUCUACUCGCUGAAGAACGUGUCAUUCUGCGCGUUCCAUCCACGGGAUCAUCGCUAUAUCGGCUUCAUCACGAAGCAUCCGACAGUGCAGCGGUUCGCGUGUCACGUAUUCCAGGGCACCGAGUCAACGCGACCGGUGGCUGAAGCAGUUGGCCGAGCUUUCCAGAGAUUCUACCAGAAGUUCAUAGAAACGGCAUAUCCGAUAGAAGACAUCUACAUAGACUAAAGCCCGGUAGGGUGACAUGCGGUAACAUAAAUUAUUCCAAUGGUCAG